AUGACUGUCCAGCUUGUUGUUCCCAAUCCCGAGCCCAAGUGCCCUCGCGGGGAUCGCCUGCAAGAGGAGCCAUCGGCCAAGAAUGCCCAGGGCUUGUUCCCUCCCGAGGCUUGCAUUUUUGUUGGCAAUUUGUCUACCAAGGUUCCAACCGAGACCCUGGCAGAAGACCUAAAGUCGGUAUUCACCCGGUUCGGUGCUUGCCAUGUCAAGAUCAAGCAAGAUAAAAAGAAGGGAUUGCCCGGUGCUUUUAUACAGUUUGAACGCGUGGAAGACGCUAGUGCAGCCCUUGCUAGCGAAGAAUCGACCAUUCUCCAUGAUCGAAUACUCAGAAUUGAAAGAGCCAAAGGGCGCAGAACUGCCUGUCUUGGGCUUCGCUCACUUCAACCAAUUACGGCUCGAGACGUAUUGGGUGCUUUGGAAGGUCGUGGCUCGCUUGAAGUCUAUACCAUCGAACCACAACAGGCGGGAUAUCAGACUUGGACUGAUAUCGCCAAGGUGACCUUUGCCUUUGUCGAUGACUGUAGAGACGCAAUCAAGUACUUUCAAAAGGACGAGAAGUACUUCCUCCACCUCCUCGACAUGGACGGCAGCCCACUUCUCCAGGGCCCCGUUCAGGGUCCUGGCUCUCGUCCUCGCCCCUACAAUGGGCACUUCUCUCUCCCCGCGGCAACUUCCAGCCGCGUAACAACAACCGCCAGCACCGCAACGAUGAACGGUGAGAACAUGGCUCCCCGUGGUGGUUACAUGCCCACCCCACCCAACAUGAUGAAUGCCAUGCCCAUCAACAAUGAUAUCUACCCUCCGUUUUUCCAACCUCCACCUCCAUUCCAACCUCACCCUCAUGGUCCAAAUGGUUAUUCUUUGCCUCCGCCUCAAUUCAUCGUUGGCCCUCACCCUGUCCACAUGGGUCCUCAUCAACACAUUGAUACCGUUGGUCCUCCUCCUCCGCUGCCCAGUGGCGGCCACUACAUGAUUCACGGCCAGCCUAUUUGGAGCUCAAGUCCACCAAUUCCUCCAUACUUUCCGCCUCACAUGUACCCCCAAGAGCAUGGCUACUUCGGCCCUCAGCCCGGCAUGAACGGUCCUCCCAACGGGUACUUUGGCCCUGUUGACAAUUACGGCCCUGUCCCUGUCGGCGCUGCUGGCCCCAUGCCUUAUGUCGAGCCCUGGCCUGGACAUGCACGAUCCUCUUAUUCACCACCCACCGUUAAUGAGAAAGGAUCAAAUGGCCAUUUCCCCCGCAACACACCGGCACCAAUGCAGCCGCACAACGUGCAUGCCAGUUUCACCCCAAGGGAGAAGGUUGUCGUCGACCAGUCUUCUGAGGAAACCGUGGGAGGGUGCCCAUUGAACCCCAAGACCCCCGAGAAGGCCCCUCGUCUCAUCCGUGUCUAUCACGAUGAUGAUGAUGAUGAUGACGACGACGAAUACCCCAAGACUGGCUCUGAGAAAGCAUCCAGCAUCAAUGCCGUCGUGGUUUCCGUGCAUGAGAUCACCGACAAUGAUUCCGCCACCGAGGCCGAAUGCCGCUCCCGUUCUCGAUCCCGCUCGCUGUCUCAAGAUCAGCGUCGGACUCGCUCCCAAUCUUCUGACUCUCGAUCACGUUCCCGAUCCCAGUCACUGUCUGGAUCGCGCUCCCGUUCCGUCUCUGCCUCUGGCAUUCGACAGAGCUUGUCUCCCUUCUCGCGUUCUCCUGCCCACUCGCGUUCUUCAUCUAGUGAUUCGCAGAAGAGCAAGAAGAGUGUAAGAUGGAGCGAGAACCUGGUCAUGGACGGCUCCAAGCCUCCCAGCCGCAGCAACUCUACCAGCAGUACCACAUCCAGCCGCACCUGCGCAUCUCCCACGCAGAAGCCUGUGGGUACUAUUUCUCCUACCAAAAGUGCCAUGAAAUCCAGCCGCACUAGCACAUCUCCCACGCAGAUGCACGUGGAUACCGUUUCUCCUACCAACAAAACCAUUACAUCCAGCCGCAUCUGCACAUCUCCCACGCAGAAGCCUGUGGAUACUUUUUCUCCCACCAAAAAGAAAAUCGAAGAGUACGUUCGGAGUGAGGCUCAUGGCAAAGGACUCAGUGAGGUAGAAUUGCAGGAAGUGAUCGAGUCCCUGAUGGAGGAACAGGCAGCCAAGGCCAAAGAGCAAGAAGAACAGGCUCUGAUGGCUGCGACUGAUGAAUACCAGCCCAUGACUGGUACUGAUCCUGGUGGCUCACCGAAUGGAUCUGUGGCCCAGAAGAAGUCCGUUUAA